AUGGCCAUUCCUCUUCUUCGAUCUCUAAUGGCGAAUCCUCAGAUCAUCUUCUCGUUUCUUCUUCUCCUCCUUUUCUCGCUCUCAUCAUCAACCUCACUUACUCAACCAUCUUUUCGACCAAAAGCUCUCAUUCUCCCUAUAACAAAAGACCAAUCUACUCUCCAAUACACAACCAUCAUCAACCAACGCACGCCUCUAGUCGCCGCCUCCGUCGUCUUCGGUCUCGGUGGUCGACAACUCUGGGUCAACUGUGACGAAGGUUACGUCUCCACCACCUAUCAACCCCCUCGUUGCUUUUCCGCCGUGUGCUCACGCGCCGGCUCCUCCCAUGGCUGCAACGAAUGCUUCAUCCCUGCUCGACCUGGCUGCCACAACAACACCUGCGGCGGAACACCCGACAACACCGUCACCAGAACCAACGGUGCCGGCGAUAUCGCUUUAGACGUGGUGUCGAUCCAGUCGACUAACGGGUCGAAUCCGGGUCGGGUCGUUACAAUCCCCAAUUUAAUUUUCGUUUGCGGGUCAACGUUUCUGCUUCAUGGGCUUGCUCGUGGAUCCGUAGGUAUGGCUGGAAUGGGUCGGCACAACGUCGGAUUGCCGUCGCAAUUCGCCGCCGCGUUUAGCUCGAACCGGAAAUUCGCUGUGUGUCUCCCUUCUAGAGGAAGAGGCGUAGCUUUCUUCGGCAACGGACCCACUGUGAAUCCGUACACGGUGAUGGAGACAUCGAUCUUCAACGCUUUCACUUCGGCGUUCGUCAGAGAAGCCGCCGCUAGGAACAUCACUCGAGUAUCAUCGGUGGAUCCGUUCGGCGCGUGUUUCAGCACGAAGAACGUCGGCGUCACGCGCGUGGGAUACGCCGUGCCGGAGAUCCAGCUCGUGCUUCAGAGCGACGACGUCGUUUGGAGGAUCUUCGGAGGUAACUCGAUGGUGAGAGUGAGCGAUGGCGUCAUCUGUUUGGGUUUCGUUGAUGGAGGAGUCUACGUCAACGCGAGAACCUCUGUGGUGGUCGGAGGGUUACAGCUGGAAGAUAAUUUGAUUGAACUCGAUUUGGCGAGAAACAGAUUGGAGACGACCAUGUCUGAAACUCGUUAUGAUUGGUCCAAUCUUUCUCCGGAUAUUCUACGAUCGAUCCUCGAAGGCUUAACCUCUAAAGAUUUCCAUCGAGCAAGAGCCGUUUGCUCAAACUGGUAUACUGUUUCGACAACCUGUGUGCGACCUCUUUUGUAUCCAUGGCGAGUUUUAUUCGACGAGCAUUCUACUUACUUGUUCGAUCCAGGAGAAGACAACAUUUACGAGAUCGGACAUCCCGAGCUCGACUUAUUUAAAACCAAUAUUAUGGCUAGUUGCAGCAAUUGGCUCCUCAUUGAAGAUGCUCGUCUAAAUUUCUAUCUUCAGAACGUGUUUACUCGCGAGAGGAUCAAUCUUCCACGGAUUAUGUCAUUACUUGCUGUUAAAGAAGAGUGGCAAUUUUUUCCCUCCGAAGAUUCGGCCUCGUGUAUGUGGAUAAACGAGAGAGCAAACGAUUAUGUUGUAGCUUGGAGUAGCAUACAAGGCUAUUUGUUCUCAUACAAGAAAGGAGACGAUUCUUGGUGGAGCCAUCAAGACAUAGAAUGUGAGUACAUGGCGUAUAAAGAUGAAAAGCUUUAUGUGUAUACAUUCGAUAGAUGCAUCAAGAUUCUUGAUUUAUCUUCGGAUUUGCGUGAAGAAGUCGUCAUAGGAAACCCUUACCCUAACCAUCCAUUUCACAUUGAUUCGCAUCCUAUGAGCCUAGUGAUUACGAGCUCAGGAAAGGUUUUGAUCGUUGUAAGCUUCAGAGGAUAUAACGAUGAUGAGCGUUCCUUUAACAUCUAUGAGAUGAAUUUAGAAAGUGGUAGUUGGGAGAGAGUCACUUCUCUUGCAGGAUAUGCAAAAUCUACGAUCGCGAGACUGCUUUCUACGUACAGUUAG